AUGCUUGACUUAAGCUUCCUAACGCAGGAGGAACAAGAGGCAAUAAUGAAGGUACUGCAACGGGAUGCAGAGCUUAAAAGAACUGAAGAAGAAAGAGUCAGGCAUUUACCAGAAAAAGUCAAAGAUGCUGUUCAGCUGAAGAAUAUGAGCGGGCAGUGGUUUUAUGAAGCAAAGUCGAAGAGGCACAGAGAUAAGAUACAUGGAGCAGAUAUUAUUAGAGCUUCCAUGCAACGAAAGCCUGCCACUCGUGCUGAAAUGAGUCAGAACAAACCAAGCAAAGCAAAGAACAGCUGGGUGAGCAAUGUUAAUAAAGAAGUCUUUGUACCACCAGAACUGCAUGGCAUUGGGGAACAUCAAGAACAACAACUCAAAUUUAAUUCAAGUUCGAAAAUAGCCUCUCUGCUAGCCAAACCAGAGGAAACACAUAUGAAGACAGCAGUCUCAUCAGUGAAGCAAAGGAGAAAUCCAUUUAAUUCCACUGCAUCAGGUGACAACUUAAACAGUGAGGAAUCAGAAAACAGAGCAGUCACUCAACCUCAGUUAUCAAAGAAAGAGGUCUUGUCAUUAUCAGAAGAGAGCCAACCUAAACUGAACUUACAAAAUGAUGAAACAGAGAAACAUACAAAGCCUUCUGUAGAAGCUACUGAUGAGUCACAAAAAGGACUAAUUAAGCGUCCUGUCCCAAAAGCUAGAAAGUUAAUUCACAAAGCAACUGAUCCUGUGUCACAAAGUGAAGUUGUUCCAAAACCAGCCAAAUGGACUGAGAAGAUCAAUGGUGCUGGUACACCACCCAGGGGCAUUCUGAAGCGCAGUUCAAGUUCAAGUUCCACUGACUCAGAAGCUCGUGUUAGUCAGAUGUUAGAUGUUCAGAAAAAGAAUGGUCUUCCUACAGCAACUAUUUUUGAAGGAGAAGCUGAGAAGAACUCUCUUACAGAAGAAGCCGAAGACUCCACACAAAGUUCACUGGAAAAACUUAAACAAGUGAGGUUCUCAUGUAGCAUAGGUAAAGGAGAACCUCUGCAAGGCCCAAGGGUAUACCACAGCAGAGAAAAAGCAGAGUUUGAAUUGUUAGAAACUGACAAAAUAAAGAGUAGUGAAAAUGAUGCUAUUGGAUCAGAUUCACUUGAGAAUAAGCAAGUUUCUCCUGUAAAGCCUUUUGGAACCAAUUCAUCAGCUUUACAAAUAACACCAAUAGAUGGCUUACAAGGAGGUCCAUCGACAUCUGGCCCUUGUGACACUAAUAGGUCAGGCUUCCUGGCUAAUCAAACCUUGCAGGGAAAGGCAGUUACUCCUAAGCAACUUGAAACUUCACAGAAGACCUCCAGCAAUACCUUGCCAAAUAGCAAUAAUGAACUGAGUGGUGAUGAGACACAUGAAAAUAAAUUCAACCAGACUCUGAGCCAUGGAUCAAAGUCACACAGAAACUUUACUGAAAAGCAUCAGCUUUCUGCUAAGACAGAAGUACAUGGGGUGUCAAAUACCAGUUCUACAAGCCUUCAACAAGGUAAGCCUGAUCUUGUUGAGGAGCGAGAUGUUAAAGCCACUUUCAAGCCUGACAAAAAUGCUGAGGAACUCGUUAAAGUGGCUGAUGAAUCUGUAUCAAAAGUUUUAGAUUGGUUUAAAAGAAGUUCCGGUACUGAAGACAGGAAACAUUUUUCAGCCAGAUCCCAAGACAGGGAACCCCAAGAGGAAGUGAACAUCUCAUCCAGAACAGCAGUUCCUCCUGCAGAACAGAGUGGGCCUAGCAUGGAUAGAAAAACAGAGGUUACAAAAGAGGUAACAUUUGGAAAGAUUAAACAACAUAAUAGUAUUUCACCUACAUUUAUUUCAGAAGAUGCACAUCUGAUAGAGAGAAUGAAACCUAAGAAGGGGGAAGAAAACGAGGACCAGAAUUACAAAUCACCAACUGAAAUUGACUGUACAAGAGUUCAAGAAGUAGAACAUGGUCAAAAAAUCAAGCAACAAAAUCAAAAAUCAAGUUUGAUGGAACAUGAAGAACACAAGCUACCAGCUCAGAAAUAUCAGUCAGAGAAGUCAAUACAAGAAAAAAGAAGAAUAAAGGAGAUCAGAGCAUUCUGGGAAAGGGAUAAAUCUGUUCCCAGUCAUAAAGAGAGAGAAGUUAGUAUCAAUGCUAAUGCAUCAGGUGGUGGUGCAUUGAAAGGUCUCAGAGAUACUGAGAAAAUAAAGCCUACUGCUAUAUACCUACCUAGUGGAUCAGGUGAUCAAAGCAAGUAUACAUUAAGAAGCUAUGGACUAAGUUGUGUAAGUCAGGCUUCAAAAAAUGAACAUCAGAACUCUUAUGACCUUGGGCCAGUCCAUGCACAUGAAAAAGUGGAAAGAAGAGCCUCCUCUGAUGGUGAAGUUCCUGAAUAUACAGAGCUGCCAGAAGCCAGUAACUGGCAGCCAAGAGUUGGUGCCACUUUAUGUUUCCCAGAAAGCAAAGAUGAGAAGGAAACACUUAAACAAAAAGCUGCUGCUCCUUAUCAACAGAAGCCAAAUAUCCAGGUUUUGUCUUUAAAAGAAAAAAUGAAUGAGAAGUCUAAGAAUCAAAUUUCAGAUCCUUCACAGUUCCAGAGUCUGAGAAACUUUUGGGAUACUGGAAUUAAAUUACAGAAUAACAUUGAUUGGGAAGCUGUUUCUUUGCCAAAUAAUGCUAGUUUAAUAGCCUGUGAAGUAAAAUCAAAGGAAGAUAAAGGCAACAAUAUAUUGAGCAAGCCAGAGUUAAUUCGACAAUCACAAACACCUGAGAGAGAGAAAACACAGAAACUAGAUCCUGUAGUACAUGAACUGCCUCUAAGAUCACCUACCCUGAAUGUGACACACACACAAAAUACAGACACUGUCCAGCUGGACAGAAAACCAGUUAUAUCAAAACCCCAGGACAAGAUUGGUCUUUCACAGCAAGAAGUUAAAGACUGUACAGAAAGAAAUAUUGUUUCAUUAAAAGAGCAUCAUGCUUCCUUGCAGUUGCUCCAGUCACCUGGUGAUAAAGAUGCUUCCAAGGAGACAGCAGUAGGUUCAGAAGAAUUAAAUCCUGUUUUGAUGGCUUUGAAAAGGAGUGCAGAUAGGAAAAUGCUUUCCAAAAGUCUAGAGGACAUUCCAUCAGCCACCUCAAAUAAAGGAAAAAUAAAUAAUCCAAAGGAAGAGUUAGCUCUUAGUGCUGAAGAUGUUUCCACAGUGCCUUCACAGCCUGAUAAACUGUUUACCAAUCCUGACAAACUCAAAGGGCUGAGCAAGUCCAUACCAUCAUUCCUACAAGAAGAGAGUGAUGACAAAGAGACAGAUACAGCAUCAGAAAGCAGUUAUUCCCUUGGCAGAAUCAAGAAGAGUCCCAGUUCUCUAACCAAUCUUAGCAGCUCUUCUGGCAUGGCCUCCUUAUCCUCUGUGAGCGGAAGCCUAAUGAGCAUUUACAGCGCAGACUUUGGCAAUGUUGAUGUGAAGGGGAACAUUCAGUUUGGUAUUGAUUAUGUAGAACAGCUGAAGGAGCUCCACAUUUUCAUUUGCCAGUGUAGAGACUUGGCAGUGGCAGAUGUUAAGCGACAACGUUCAGACCCGUAUGUAAAGACCUACCUCCUCCCAGAGAAGUACAAGCUGGGGAAGCGUAAGACCUCUGUCAAAAAGAAAACUUUCAAUCCAGUCUAUAAUGAAAUUCUGCGGUAUAAAAUUGAGAAGGAUCUCCUGAAGAACCAAAGUCUCAAUAUCUCUGUCUGGCACAAUGAUACCUUUGGGAGGAAUAGUUUCCUUGGUGAAGUGGAGCUGGAUUUGGGAACUUGGGACUGGAAUGAUAAAUCCAACAAGCAGAUCAACUGGUUUCCACUCCAGCCAAGGACUUCAACUAUGGCUGUGACAUUAGAAAACAGAGGGGAGAUGAAAUUAGCUCUCCAGUACAUCCCACACCCUGUUGGAGGGAAAAAGACUCUCUCAACUGGUGAGGUCCACAUCUGGGUGAAAGAAUGCCAUGACCUUCCUCUCCUGAGAAGCAACAGGCUCAACUCCUUUAUUAAGUGUACCAUUCUUCCAGAUACCAGCAGAAAGAGCCGCCAGAAAACAAGAACAGUAUCAAAAACUGCAAACCCAGUAUUCAACCAUACCAUGGUCUACGAUGGCUUUAGACCAGAAGACUUGAAAGAAGCCUGCAUAGAACUCACAGUCUGGGAUCACAACAAACUUGCCAACCACUUUCUGGGAGGUCUCAGGAUAGGCCUUGGAACAGGCAAAAGCUAUGGAACUACAGUAGACUGGAUGGAUUCUACUUCAGAUGAAGCUGCCCUUUGGGAGAAGAUGAUGAAGUCACCAAACAGAUGGGUAGAAGAUACAUUACCUCUCAGGAUGCUGAUGGUUGCAAAAUUUAAAAAAUAGGCUGGCUUUUUGAUUGCUGGUGUCAAAAAGUUGGGAAUGAAGUUAAAGCCUGGACAGAGAGAGC